AAAGUCACCGUUCGCAGUGAUGACGAUGUGCAUCCAAAUCCAGACGAGAUCGCCUUGUUCGAAACAGCUUAUCGGGAACCAAUGCCUCAGGUAAGGCAUGGGUAUUGGCAAUUCGAAGAGAAUCAAGCAUGGCAAACUGUCUCCAAUCCAUACCCAAUUCAGUAA